AUGCUGGAACUUUACUCUAUGUUCGACUACAUUAUCGACCAAUGGUAUAGGUUAUCAGAAUGGUCGCCGGUGAGCUCACUAAGUUCCCCAGCCACAUAUAGGCAGUUGCAUUUGGCAGUCUUGGCUGUCUUUGAAUCAUGGGAUAGCGCUAGGGCAAAAAAGUACAGAAGCAUAAACCGGAUUACCGGAUUGAGGGGCACCGCUGUGAAUGUUCAGUGUAUGGUGUUUGGCAACAUGGGCGACACAUCGGGCACCGGUGUCCUCUUUACAAGGAACCCAAGUACUGGAGAGAAAAAACUUUAUGGCGAGUUCCUUGUCAAUGCUCAGGGUGAGGAUGUGGUUGCUGGAAUUAGAACUCCACAAGAUCUUGAUGCCAUGAAGGAGUGCAUGCCAGAGCCUUAUGCAGAACUUGUUGAGAACUGCAAAAUCUUGGAAAGACAUUACAAAGAAAUGAUGGACAUUGAGUUCACUGUUCAAGAAAACAGACUUUGGAUGCUUCAGUGCAGAACCGGGAAACGCGCCGGCAAAGGUGCAGUAAAGAUUGCGGUAGACAUGGUCAAUGAGGGCAUGAUUGACCAUCGUUUGGCAAUUAAGAUGGUGGAACCACGACACUUGGACCAGCUUCUUCAUCCACAGUUUGAGAACCCAUCAUCGUAUGAAGACAAAGUCAUCGCAAUGGGCUUACCUGCAUCACCAGGAGCUGCUGUAGGUCAGAUUGUCUUCACAGCUGAUGAUGCUGAAACUUGGCAUGCACAAGGAAGAUCUGUCGUUCUGGUGAGGACUGAGACAAGCGCAGAGGAUGUUGGUGGCAUGUAUGCAGCCGCUGGAAUUCUCACAGCCAGAGGUGGUAUGACUUCUCAUGCAGCAGUUGUAGCCCGCGGCUGGGGAAAAUGUUGUGUGGCAGGAUGCUCAAGUAUCCAUGUAAAUGAUGCUGAGAAGGUGUUAGUGGUUGGGGACAAGGUGCUUUGUGAAGGCGAUUGGUUGUCACUGAACGGAUCAACUGGUGAAGUUAUUUUAGGGAAGCUGCCUCUAUCCCCGCCUGUACUUUGUGGUGAUUUAGGAACAUUUAUGUCUUGGGUGGAUGAAGUUAAACAACUUAAGGUUAUGGUUAAUGCCGACACUCCUGCAGAUGCACUGACUGGAAGAAACAAUGGUGCCGAAGGGAUUGGAUUGUGCAGAACUGAGCACAUGUCUGUAUAUGAUUAA